CCUUCUUGCUUCACGUGUACGAAAAUUAGCGAUUUUUUUGCAAAUUGCUUACACAAAGAAAAUAUUGAAGAAAAUUAUGGCUUCAAGACUUAUUCGAAGAGUAAUUAGCACUCCAAACGCCCCGAAGGCUGGGGGACCGUACAGCCAAGCUAUUGUGGCAGAUCGUACGAUUUACGUGGCAGGACAGCUCGGAUUGGACCCGAAGGACUCCAAAAUGGUUGGCACUGAUGUUCAAUCACAGACUAGACAGGCUCUCAGCAAUCUAAAAAAUAUUUUGGAAGCUGGGCAUUCCUCACUGGAAAAGGUUGUAAAAGUUACUGUGUACUUGGCUGAUAUCAAGGACUAUGAUGAGAUGAAUAAAGUUUACUCUGAAUUUUUCAAAGAAGCAAGGCCUGCCCGUGUGGCCCUUGAAGUUGCACAAUUACCAAAAGUUAGUCUUAUUAGCAAACUACAAUACAAUAAUACAGAGGACAAGGAGAGUGCUCGUGUUGAAAUUGAUGCAAUUGGUAUGGUUGGUGAUGUUGAAAUGGACAAUGCACAGGCAAAUUUGUAAUGUUAUUAUGAAAGAAUAGCAUACUAUAUGUAGUAGAGUGUUGAUGGAAAGUGUCCAGAUUGGCACAUUAAAUACAAAUGGACCACAUUA